AUGAUGAUGUUUGAUACUUGCAAGGAGCCAGACCUGUGCAUUGUCUAUGGGGAACCCAUCAGGCAAAAGCCCAUCAUCCACAAGAGAACGGGGGGUCAGCAGGAAGCCCACCCAGUUGAUGAGGAGGAUGAACCCCUUUUUCAUGGAGGAAGUUCCAGAGCCUCCUGGAAAAUCACAGUACAGACAAUUCCUGGUGCUGCUAAGGAGCAGGAUGUGUGCAUUGUGGGUGAGGAGAACAUCUGGCACUACCCCAACACCUGCGAGAGAAAUAUGUGUUUGCAGAAAAUGAGCUCAGGGGAGGGUCCAGUUUACAGCAAAGGAGACUCCAGUGUCCCAAGUAAAACUCCAGCCCAGGGUGUUGUUGAUGCCACAGCCAGGAUGAUGAUGCUUGAUACUUCUAGGAAGCCAGACCUGUGCAUUGUCUAUGGGGAACCCAUCAGGCCAAAGGCCAUCGUCCAUAAGAGAACGGAGGGUCAGCAGGAAGCCUACCCAGUUGAGGAGGAGGAUGUACACCUUCUUCAUGGAGGAAGUUGCAGAUCCCCCUGGGAAAUCAUGUUGGAGACAGUUCCUGGUGCUGCUGUGGAGCAGGAUGUGUGCAUUGUAGGUGAGGAAAACAUCUGGCACAACACCAACAACUGCAUAAGAAAGGAGUGGUUGCAGGACACCUACUCAGUGGAGAGUCCCAUUCACAGCAAACUAGACUCCAGUGUCCCCAGUGAACCUCCAGCCCAGACUGUUGGUGAUGCUGCUAAAGGACAAGACAUCUGCAUUGUGUAUGACCAAGGUGUCCUACAAAAGCACACAGUCCAUAUCAGAAUUGGGUAUCCUGAGGAAACACACCCAGGGGAGGAUGUAGUUAAACCUAUUGCUGGUGGAAGAGAUUGGAAAGGCCCCAAUGAAUCCACCUUCCAGCCUGCUGUUGAUGCCACCAAGGAACAAGACUCCUGCAUUGUGCAUGAGGAAAUGGUUAGACAGAAGCCCAUUUUUCAAGGAACAGCCCCCAGUGAAGCCACAGCUCAGAGAGAUAUGGAUGCUGGUAAGUAAUGGGGCUCCCGGGUAAUGCAUAUUGGGGAGGGAGGUCCCAGGUAGAAUUGCUUCUUAGCUCCAGGUCUUAAUGACAAGCACACAAGGCUAUUUUUGAGGUCAUCCCAUGCUACACCAACUUACAGUAGACCCACUAAAAGUAAUGGACAUAGAACCCACUCUAUGUAGGUUUUGUUUGCUGGGUAAACUGUACUGCUCUUGAGUUGUAUAUAUUUAUAUAUAAGCCUUGUGCAGAAAUUUUUCAAUUUCGCUUUGUACUUUUUGUUGUUUUGUUUGUUGUUCACAACUACUUUCCCUAUGUUCAUAGCCUGCUGCUUUUGCUGUAUUGUCUGCUCUUGAGCAUUAGAAAAGUUUCAAUGCAUCAAGAAUUAGAAAUCUUGAUCUAACCUUUUGAUGGACAAACAAUAUAGCUAUGCUUCCUAAAGCCAAUGUAAGCUUCCACCUGCAGACUGAGAAAAUAUUUGCUCUCGAGAGUAAAAUCUCUACAGGUAGAAAUUUGCUGGUGAAUCUGAGGCAAUGGCAAAACCAGACUCAGGAUAUUGAGCGGAGUGGAAAGAAAGGUCACCCAUGAUGGCAACUUACUGCCCGCUAAGACAGCAAUGGCCCAAAAGUGUAUCAAAAAGACAAAACAUAUUACAUUGAAUGUCUCAGUUUCCAUCUCUCUCUCUGACAUCCAUGUUUUCCUUCUCUCUUAUCCAGCAGGUGUUUUGCAGUGGAGACAGAACAAAGGGAAAACUUUGAAAAAAGCACAGGAUGAGAUGGUGGAGCAGAACCUCCUGAGUCACGAUGGACCAAGGAGGCAAAAGAGAAGCCACAGAAAACGGAAGACAGACAAAUCCAUCGUUUCUCAAAGUGGCUUCUUCACUGAGCAAGGAGAACAACCAGAAAACAGAGAUGCUUUGAGAACAUCCAAAAAGGAGAAAACAAUUCAAACGGCAGAAUCUGGAGAAAUAAGCAGUGGGAGCAGAAAUAAUGGAAACAGCCCCACAUGCCCUACAGAGGUGAAGCGAUUUACUUGUUUGGAGUGUGGAAGGAGCUUCUGCAGGAAAUGGAACCUUAAAGUACAUAAAAGAACCCACACAGGGGAGAAGCCGUACAAAUGUUUGGAGUGCGAUAAAAGCUUCACUUACAGCUCACACCUUACUAGACAUCAAAGAACUCACACAGGGGAGAAGCCGUACAAAUGUUUGGAGUGCGAUAAAAGCUUCACUUACCGCUCACACCUUACUAGACAUCAAAGAACUCACACAGGGGAGAAGCCUUUCAAAUGUUCAAAGUGUGCGAAAAGCUUUACUGCGAACUCAAACCUUACAGAACAUAUAAGAACUCACACAGGGGAGAAACCUUUCAAAUGUUCAGUCUGUAAUAAAUGUUUUGCUAAGAUGUCAAACCUUACUAGACAUCAGAGGAUUCACAGAAGGGAAAGACCCCAUAAAUGCUCAGUGUGUGGUAAGUGCUUCAGUCAGAAAUCAAAUCUUACUAAAUAUCUAAAACUUCACAGGAGGAAGACACCUUUUAAGUUAUCACUGGGUAGAAAAAGGUUUAGUAAGAGCUCAAAUCUUCUUAGUCAACAGAUAAUUCGCAAAAAAAAGUAUAAAUGUUCAGCUUGCAGGAAAAACUAUACUAAGUGGUCAUACCUUACCAAACAUAAAAGAAUACCACAGAAAGCAGAGAAACCUUAUAAAUGCUCAGGGUGUAGAAAAUGUUUCAGCAACAGGUCAGUCCUUACUAGACAUAAGAGAAUCAUACACAGAUGGAACAAAGUCUAUGUAUGUUCCAAGUGCAGUCAAUGUUUCCGUUCAAGGAGACUUUUUAUUACACAUCAAAGAACCCACACAGCACAGAAACCUUUUCAAUGCUCAGAGUGUAGAAAAGCCUUUAGUCAGGAGGCAAAUCUCCUUAGACAUCAAAGAACUCACACAACAGAGAAACCCUACAAAUGCCCGGUGUGUACAAAAAGCUUCAGUGAGAGUGCAGGUCUUUCCAGACAUACAAGGUCUUGCCAUACAGGGGAGAAACUGUACAAGUGUGAACAAUGUGGAAAGAGCUUCACCCGUAACUCAGACUUCAAGAGGCAUCGAAAGCAUCACACAAGGGAGACGCCCAACCAGGGUUCAAAUCUCAGUGAGAGUUUAAAUGAUGAAUCGAGACCUCAUGAAGGUGAGAACGCACAGCGGAUGGAAACCAUGUAA